GUUUCAAAUCAUUGGAAAAUGUCUUUACUUUUUGUAAUUAACAAAAUUAUAAUAAUUCAAUUAUUAAUACUAUGUCUAUAUAAACAAACAUAUAGUGAACGAUGCGGUCUCGCGAGCCAAGCGACCCGUAUAGUAGGCGGCCAACAGUCGCGACCGCUGUCGUGGCCGUGGAUGGCAUUGCUUACGAUUAGGCAAACGAGUAUCAGAUCGACGUCACUCUCGCGGUGCGGCGGAAGUCUCAUUAGCGACGAGUGGGUACUGACGGCAGCCCAUUGUGUGUCACCAAAGACUGGUUCCCAGAUAUCAGAUAUUCAGAUAACUUUUGGUGAAUACGACACUCGGAGAUACGAGUCCACCGAAGUCAAGCGUCACGUCGCGGCAGUAUAUCUCGACUCAUACAGCGAUAGCUCCAACGCCAAUGACAUCGCGCUCUUAAAACUGAACCAAAAGCUCGAUCUGAAGAGUGCUCACAAUUUUCUGCAACCCAUAUGUUUGCCGACUGCGGGUCUGCAGGUAAAGGGCGACACAUGUGUGGCCACCGGUUGGGGCGCUAAUUACGGCGGCGGUCGGGGUUCAGAUGUGCUGCAAGAGGUGCGGCUCCCCAUAGUAGCCAAUAACGUGUGUCAGUGGCGCUGGAGGUCUGCGUUUAGCCCCGAUAGACAACUCUGUGCCGGAUAUAUGGAAGGGGGCAGAGAUACGUGUCAGGGGGACAGCGGAGGGCCCCUCAACUGUCAGAUCGCUAACGGGGCGUAUCUUCUUCAGGGGAUCACGUCUUACGGCGGCGGUUGUGCCCAACCCAACAGUCCGGGAGUGUAUACCAAAGUCUCCACUUAUAUGCCGUGGAUUGAGAGGACAACAGGACUUAAAUUUAAU